UGGAAUCUCAACCCAGCACGUUAUCAUGAUAGAGUCUGCAGGUCCUGGGGUCAAGCAUGAGAGGUCUGAACGAGAGGACGAGCCACAACACAGCAGAGACAUCCAGACUGUAGCAGCGGCUGGAGUGACGCCCCCUGUAGCCACUGAGGACCUUGCCACCGCCGUGCCCCAGCCCAGGGCCCGAUGCAGCAUCACGGAGGUCAGUGGAACGCCGAACGCCGUCCUCAAGUCAGAGACCAACACAGAGACUUUAACUGUAACACAAAGGCUCUUACACACAGGAUCUGACCACAGAUCASACCCAGAGAGACUGGGGCCGCUGGGCUGUCCUGCUCCCGACUCAGAGUAUUUACUUUACGGUAACUCGAGCAUGAGGACGGUUCYUUCCCAUCCGGACUCAGGUGACGUGUUAGAGACUGGUAAUGAUCCGUCUUGUUCUUACACUACAGAGAUGGACCCUGGCAACAUGCCCUUGGGUUUAGAGACACACACUGAUCUGUCUACAGGGGACUGGAACCGGGAUCACAACCCAGUGUCCACGUCYAUGGGGCAUUACGAUUCACACAGCCGCAUCCUUUUCGAUCAGCCAACUGGCCUGGGUCUACACGACUCCAGAGUGCUCAGUGAGAGUGGCCUCAACAUGCUGUUUGAGCGCAAUGUUGUUCCCUUGGAUGUCACUUUCUUGGUGACAAGGGGUACCCCCAGAUAA